AUGGGCGAUUGCGUCGAGCUUAUACGAUACCUUUUGCUCAAUCAACAGGAACAAGCGAACUCCCCUCUCUUGGGCUGCAGAGUGUACAUCAUUAAAUGCCACGAAGCUGCUGUUGAUCAAUGGCGCAAAGGACAAUCCGGCGAUCAGCACGUGCCUACGAAGGCUUUCUUGAUCAGCAAAGGAGCGAAGAACAAGGGUGCUAUCCGAUGA